AUGAACUCAAGUUUACUGCUAUUAUUGGUAUAUCAUAUCAACUUUGUUAAGAUAACCAAUUGUUAUGAGCCCGGAGCGCUGCCUCGAGUCACCGUGCUUUCAAGUCAGGCGCUUGAUUUAUUACAAUGGCGUGCAAACCUGGACAUAGAUGUUGUAAAAUUUCCUGCUGGAAACCUCAGUUUCUAUGACGCUCUGAAAGUCGUUGAAACGAUUUCUAGAACAAUACAAGAAGGAAAUGGAACUAAGGCCAUCAUAGGCUCUGGUAACAAAUUCAUUGACAGGUUAACAGCAAGCACGCUUGGAUUGUUGGUGAUUCCAUUUAUAAGUGUAUUGAGCCAGGAUGAGUAUCAGGGUCAGCUCUACCUUAAUCUCAGCCCAUCCAGACUUACGGACCACAUAAACAUUGCCUUUAACAUUGCUGAUGAACUCGGCUGUCAACAUGUUGCAGUGUUCACCUCCAGCUUUCACAGGUCAGAAAUUCUGCAACAAAUUCUAAAGAAGACAAAGGGAUCUUAUAUUUCCUCAAGCAUUGCAGAACUACAUCUUAAUGACACACCUAUUGGCAUUGCAAGAAUGAUGACAAAAAUCUUUAAAAUCACCGUGAAUUACAACUCAGUUCUGGUUGUAAUGGACUGCAGUGACCAGGACGCUUCGUUGCUUAUAGAAGCGACUAACACCAUUAAUAUUGAGCCUAUGAAAUUUCAUUGGUUGUUUCUGAGAGAGGAGGAACAUAGCACCAACAAAGUGAAAUACCUUCCUAUAAAUGUGUUCGGCCUACGUUCUAAAUUUGAUAAAAUGUACUGGGUGCAGGAUGCGUUACUCCUCCUCAAUGGCUCGCUUUACCAAAGCAACCACCAGAAUAAAUUUUCCAACACUGGACCCGUCAGCUCAAAAGUUACCGACCAAUCUAAAUUAUACAGAAAAAUGCUGGAUCAGGCGUUCUUAGGAAAAACAGGAUGGAUUCACUUCGACGAGGAAGGGAACCGAAUGGCUGGUAGUUAUGAUAUCAUCAUCACAUUCCAAGUCAACUCAUCACGUUCAGGGGAAGUAGAAUGGGUUACCGUGGGGUCUGCUUCAAACCAUAAAGUCAGUUUUCAAAGGUCGUUAUUGACUGGAAACGUUUCUGAUCGUAAAAAGCUACUUCGAAUAGUGGUAAUUGAAGAAGAACCAAUGUUGAUAGUGAGUAAGGAAGAUGUGGGUACAUUUAGUGAGUGCGUUCUGAGUUAUCCCUGUACAAAAUACAAGCAAUUUGAUGACAACUCCAAGCGAAGUGAACCAAUAAAGUGCUGUUGUAUUGGCUUUCUCAUAGAUCUCCUACAAUGGCUUGAAAAAGACUUAACUAAUUCAGUGGAGUUGCAUUUGGCUAGAGACGGAAAGUAUGGGGCUUACAACGCCGACUCUAAAGAAUGGGAUGGAAUGAUUGGCGAACUGCUUUCUAAUAGAGCUGACAUGGCUCUUUCAGCGUUGACAAUAACAAGAAUGAGGGAAAGAUACGUGGACUUUUCUUUUCCAUAUUUUCACGGGGAAACAAAACUACUUAUUUCUGUUACUCCAGUAAGUGUCAAUUUGGGAAUUGGGUUCCUGACACCGUUUGAUGCAGUCUUGUGGAUUGUCUUUUUAGCUACUGUCAGUGGUAUUCUUGCAACAGUAUGGCUCUUGGAAAGAAUUAGUCCGAAUGGCAAUCGGAUAAUCUCUGCAAAAAGGGAAACCAGAUUCAGCUUGUCAACAUGUAUGUCCUACAUUUGGAGUAAUGUAGUCAAACUUGAGUUGGAAGGCAAGAGGCCACGGAGCAUUAGUGCAAGACUUACAACUGCUGUGUUUUCUUUCUCAACACUAAUAAUAAUCACAACAUACACGGCUAAAUUGGCAGCUUCUCUUGUUCAGCUGGAUGGAGAAUCUCCUGUCACAGGGAUUAACGAUCCUAAGUUUCAGGAUCCUCCAGCAGGCUUCACAUUUACCACUCUUCAUAGUAGUAGUAUACUGUCGUUCUUUACCAAUAGUGAUGAUCCUGCAUACAGAAAAAUUGGAAGAAACAUGAUUCCCUAUACUGUGAGUAACUACAACGAGGGCCUCGAAAAGCUAAAGAGAGGGGAAAUUAAAGCCUUCAUAUACGAUUCACCAUUCAUUGACCUUGGAGCUUCCAAGAUGCCCGGAUGUUCGUUCAAAGUAGUAGGGAAACCAAUAUUCAAUGCACCAUACGGCCUAGCAUUUCCAAGAAACUCGAAGUGGAGGGAUCCGGUAUCAAAUCUGCUGCUCAAAUACCAAAGAAAAGACUACUUUUGGAAACUGAAAGGAAAAUGGUUUAGAGGAGGCUGUUUUUUUACCAGUCGAACAUCUAAAAACGCUGAAGAGAUGAGGCCCGUAAAUUUUGGUGGCCUUUUCUUAGUAUUAGGAGGAACGAUAGUUGUAUGCUUUUUUAUUUUACUCGGAGAGUAUCUGUGGUCGCGCCAUGAACAAAAAGCGGGGAAAUAUACCCCCUCACAAAAUCGAACAAAGCAGUAG